AGCGCCUAGCAACAGCGCAGGCUCCCGGCCGGAUCCGUUAUGGCAGCUGCCGCCCUGGGAAGGAUGAGGGGGACCGCGCUAACGAAGCUGCUCCCCAGACCCUGCAUCCAGGCCCCCGGGGGGCUGAUGCCGCCGCUCGUCCUGGCGCUCCUGCUUGCAUCCGCCGAGUCCAGUGCUGUGUCACAGAGCCAACCUGGACCCCUCUCAGAUGCUUCUACUCUGGACCUCCGUGACUCAGCACCUGGAAACCAAAGCGAGCCUGUUGCCCAUGUCAGUACCAUGCUGCCCCCCACAACCAGUGCUGAGCAGAGCAGAGGAGCCUCUGCGGCCCCCCAUGCCUCCCCCACCACUUCUCUGUCCCGAGAAGAUCCUGAGAGCAAUGAGGACCCUCGCAUAGAGGACGAGGAUCUUCUCACACUCAACAGUUCACCGUCCACCGCCAGAGACUCUCCGGACAAUGGUGACUACGGGGAGCCAGACUACGACUGGACCACCAGCCCCAGGGACGACGAGGCUGACGAGAGCUUGGAAGAAAACAGGGGUUACAUGGAAAUUGAACAGUCAGUGAAGUCUUUUAAGACCCCGUCCUCAAAUAUGGAAGAGGAAGAUAGCCAUUUCUUUUUCCAUCUUAUUAUCUUCGCUUUUUGUGUCGCUGUUGUUUACGUUACAUAUCACAAUAAGAGGAAGAUUUUCCUUCUAGUGCAAAGCAGGAAAUGGCGUGACGGCCUUUGUUCCAAAACAGUGGAAUACCAUCGUCUAGACCAGAAUGUUAACGAGGCAAUGCCCUCUCUGAAGAUUACCAAUGAUUAUAUUUUUUAAAGCACUGUGACUUGAGUUUGCUUAUUAUGUAAUUUUAUUUGCUUGACUUUUUUAUAUGAUAUUGUGUAGAUGUUUGCCAUAGGAAUUGGUACUGAAAUGAGAAAUGGAUCUCUCUUUUCCCUUGGUGCUUUGGAAAUUAAAUGUCACAAGCGAAGGGUGUAUAAUUUUUUCCUCACCUGUAGAGCUGAGAUCAAUCAGGUGUUCACAAUGUGAGUUAAGCAUUCCCUUAUAUUUAUGCUGUUUUUAUUGUUUUAGAUUUAUUGUACUUUUUUCUAAAAGUAAUGCUACUUGUAAAAGAUCCCAGACUUGUAAUGGAAUUCUAGCGUAUCUGGUACUGCUGACUCAGUCACUCUGUGCCAUCCAAGUACUAAGUUUUAAGUGCACAUUUCUCUGUGGCCCCUAACUAUAAUGAAUUAGGACAUAUGUGAUAAUGCUUUGCAUUUAAGUAACCUUUUUUUCUUUCAAGAAAACUGCUUUGGAUAUUUUUAGGUAGUUUAAACAUGACUUAAGACAAUGAUGUUGUUCAAUCUGACCCCAUUUUUGGAGAGGCCAUUAAGUGUGUCUAGGGAUUCUGGCACUAGGACUCUGCAGUUUGCAGUGGGUGUCGUGGUCCAUAGAUGCCAGUUGUUGGUUUGAAUUACUGAGUUGAAUUCAGAGACAGAAACUGAGGUAAACAAGGCAGUACGUGGACUUUGCUGGGCAGCCGUGAUAGCAUGUGUUCCUCCACGGUUUCAAGCAGUGGGCAGGUACUGAAGUUCUCUCAGCCGUGUUCACUGGGUUACUAUAUGGAAAUUGGAAUGGACCGCAGGGGCUGCUAGCACUUAAUGUUGUCUCCAACUCUUUGAAAUUAAAAUUAUACUUGAAUGAAGUGUUUGUGUACAUCAAGGAUAAACAUGUACCAUGACUUUACCCCAAUGCUUGUUUUAUUUUCUUUUUUUAUUUUUGGUAACAGCAACUGGGAAAUAGUUACUAUAUUUUAGCCUAUCUUUUCAUUUAAAAAUUGAUCAAUAUGUAAAUAUGUGAUUUGAACCACGGUUGACUGACAGGUGUCACCACAACUUCUCAGAAAACACAUCCCCCAGUGUCCAUUAAGCAAAGCCCAGGUGAGCCGGUGGGCGUGUGCGCUCUGUGUAGCAGCGGCGGCAGCAGGGCCGACGUCCUCCUCCGGGGUGGACGACCUGCUGUCCCGACGAGGAGGGAAGCACAAUGGAAACACCGCAACUGUCCUAUUGCAGGAGGGUUUUUCAUAUCGGAAAUUGUAUUAUUUAAUAUUUUGAAUAAGAUUUUAAAAAAAUAAAUGGCAAAGAUAUAAAUCCA